ACCAGGAUGAUGAACCCAUCAUCAUCGUCAUCGUCAUCAUCAUCCCCAAUUAGCCAGCCGACCCAACCCUAAUUUCGACCCCAAUGGCAUUCGCGGCUGCUGCUAUACCUAAUAGUGCUAGUUUCUGUAUCACAGCCUCUCACUUCUUCUUCCCCUCUUUGAGAUUGAGAUCUCAAUGUUGUUUCCGCCGACGCGUAUUCACUCUGAUCAACAAUCAUCGACGCAGUAGGAUACCCUGUGGAAGCAAAAGUACACAUCUCCUACCUCCCUCACUCUCCCCAUGUGUUAGUAAUAGCACAAGAUUCCCCUUGUCAUGUUACUGCACGGUGAAUGAAAUGCAAAAUACCGUAGAAUCUACGUUGGGUGGGGAUGAUAUCGAUAGUGAUGUAAGGAAAGCGGCCAAUGCUCUGGAUCUAAGGGUCGGGAAAAUCCUCAAGGCUUGGAGACACGAGGAGGCGGAUACCCUCUAUGUCGAGGAGGUGGACAUCGGUGAACCCGAGCCUAGAACCAUAUGCAGUGGCUUAGUCAAAUAUAUUCCCCUUCACCUUCUCCAGGAUAAAAAUGUAAUUGUUCUUGCUAAUCUAAAGCCUAGAAAUAUGCGUGGUGUGAAAUCUUUUGGCAUGCUGAUGGCAGCUUCUGAUGCCACACAUGAGAAUGUGGAGCUCCUUGUGCCACCCGCGGGUGCAGUCCCAGGUGAAAGGGUAUGGUUUGGUUCGGCAGAUGAAAAAGAUUAUCCUCCUCAGAUUGAGAUUGCUUCUCCAAACCAGGUUCAGAAGAAAAAAAUUUGGGAAUUAGUACAACCUCACCUAAAAACAGAUGACUCGUGUGUUGCAAUGCUUGGCAUGGGCCACCAAAUGCGAACCGCAGCUGGUGUGGUGACAUGCGAAUCCCUGAAGAAUGCCAAGAUAUCCUAGUACUUCCCAUGAAAUUUUCUACUUCAAAUUUGCUAUUAUUCUGCUACGGCAGCUGGUGGUGCUAUGGCAAACAUAUGCUUGAUGGCCCAUCUUUGAAGCAAUAGCAGAGGGGCAUUUCGACUUUCACCAUAUCCUUUGCAGCCCUCUUCUUGCUAUGGUAAUGGCGGGUUCCAGUUACACAGGACCUUCUAUGAAUCCUGCUAAAGUAAGCAAUCACCUUUCAUAUAUUAUUUGAAUUUAAUUUGGUAUCAGAAAUCUUUGUUUGAUCUCUAUAUAUGCAGUAUUGGCAUAAAUUAGAAAUGAUACUGGAAUAGAAAAAUAUACUUUUCAGAAUAAUUCCACUGGAUUUAACAACUAUCUUGUUGAAAAUAUAUUGGCUACUCCAAUGUGAUAUCUUGACAAGAUAGUUGGCCCAUUAAUUGAAUUUAAGAUCUAGUUUACUGCUGA